GCUAUAAAUACUAUAAAGGGCAAGUACUUCAUGCGAGCGAACUCCGAGAAUUGUUUGAUGGAUUAAAACUAAACGACAUACACCACUACUCGCAUUUAUUAACAGGUUAUGUCGGUUGCAAGUCAUUUUUACAAGAAGUCCGUGAAGUUGUGAAGCAUUUGCGAGAUGCAAAUCCCAAUCUAAUAUUUGUGUGUGAUCCAGUUAUGGGUGAUAAUGGAAAUUUUUAUGUGCCAGAGGAUUUGUUACCAGUCUACCGGGACGAACUUGUGCCAUUGGCUGACAUUGUUACUCCUAACCAGUUUGAAGCUGAAAUGUUAACAGGAAUUAAAAUCAACACUGAAGAAGAUGCAUUUAAGGCAAUGAAAGUCUUACAUGACAGAGGUACUAAUUCAGUUGUGAUAACCAGCUCUGAAAUAAGCAAGAGAAACAUGCUUGUAGCACUUGGAAGCUCCUAUAAAGACGGCAAGCAUGUUUGUAUCCGAAUGGAAAUUCCAAAGCUUGACGUGGUGUUUACUGGGACUGGGGACUUGUUUACGAGUCUACUGUUAGCCUGGUCAUAUCGACAUCCCCAUGACCUGCAGCUGGCCUGUGAAAAGACUAUGUCAACUGUACAAACUAUCUUAAAAAGAACAAUAGCUAGUGCGAAAGCUAUAGCUGGACCUGACAACAAGCCCAGUCCUGCUCAGCUUGAACUUAAGCUUGUACAAAGUCUUGACGACAUCAAAGAGGCCAAAAUUAUAUACAAAGCCGAGAUAGUAUCCUGAUGAACCCUUCAAUAUCUGUUGCCAAGAUGUUUCAUGCAAUACAGUAUGAUACAGUACAGCUUUUAAAACAGAUGUUAAACUAUACUUUUCUUAUAUAACUUUGGUGAUACGUAAGCUGAGCAGUGAAUUUCUACUGGAUGAAUAUUUUAUAAACACUUAUAAAUACUCAAAUUGAUCUGAUGACUAUGAUGACAAAGGUGGCAAAAAAUUUAUUAUAAAAUUUUGAGAUUAUGACCAUGGUCUAUGGUGGUGAUGGUGAUGAUGAUUGUGAUGAUAAUGAUGCUGGUGAUGAUGGUGAGUGAUGAUGCUGGUGAAGAUGGUGAUAGUGAU